UUCAAUAUCGCUGAUUAUAACGGCGGCGGCAACACGCUACGUGAAGUAUGUAGCAGCCUUUUCAGCUACUCUAGCCCCUAAUACUUCGUUGUACGACACACAUAAAGGCAUCUUCAACAAAUGUCGAUACGAUCCGGCAGCUUGUUGUCUCCUGUCAUCUUCCAAAAUUAUACCUGGGUGACGGCGCUUCAGGUAUUCAUUCAUUCAUGGCCGACGUGCUGCUGUGGUAUGCAAGCUCGGCAUUGCAGAGACUGCACACACCAAUGACACACUCCUUUUUGUUAAAAUCCGUCCAUGCUUUGACCACUCUGGUCUGCUUUUUGGGCUUUGUGUCGCUCUGCCCGCUUGCAUCCCGAGUGUCCGCCAUUCUCAACUUUCCUGUUAAUUCGCCUUUAACUGUCGACGAGAUAUUUUGCUCAUCGACGAAUUUACGUCAUUGACAGUGUCAACUAGUAGGGAUUGUUCUACUUUUUACUUGAGUAAAUUUUUGAUUAAUCUUAGUAAUUUUUUGGCUACUCUGCCCACCUUUGUUCAUGGGCCACUAGUUCCCCAACACAACAGUGUUCAAGGAGCAAAAAAACGAUGACCAUUGUUGAUAUUUAGUUUCUUUCACAGUCAAGUCUUUUCAUUGUCAGUGUGAUCUCAACAUGUAAAUGUCACAGAAAUGCAUCCUGUGACUACUGUAUUUAGUGAACAGAAAAAAAAAUCAAAUACAUAGCUGUUAUUUAGGGACUAUAGUCAAAUGAUGAUUAAGACGGUUGACCCCAAAGAUGUUAAAUUUUUUGCAGAUGGUUUUGUUUCUAAAACUACAUGGAGGGUCGGGUCAAAUGUUUUCACAGGCCAUACGUUCCCAACCCUUUCAAUGUUUUAGUAGGUAUGUGGUACUACAGUUUGUAAAGAGGCAAAUGGAUAUAGGGCUGUCACUAACAAAUCUUUUUUGGAUCGAUAUUCCUAUUGAUUAUUCCAUCUAAUGACCCCACCACCACCACUUUCAUUUUUACCACUGUUGACCGGGAGUUGUAGUGCCUGGCUUUAAGUUGAUAAUUUUUUCUUUAAUCUUUUACCCAAAAAUAAUUAAAGACCUACAAAAGUUUCCUUGUUUAAAAGAGAGGCCUCAUUUGUGACAAAUAUGUCACUUAACAUGGUGGAAAGACAGACUGGUUGCAGCAAUGAGACGAGUGACUACUGUAUUUUAGGCUGGAAUCAUUUUUGUGCAACUUAGACCUAAUAAUUACAAUAAAGAAAUGUUAGCAUGCUCAGUAGAAAAGCUUAUAUUUGGAAGUAACAAGUCAUACUAAGAUUUAGAUUUGGGCUGCAGGUAUAGAUUUAUUUAAUCGAUUAAUCUAUCAGUUCGAAUAAUCGAAUAAUCAGAUUUGGAACAUUUAGUGCGUUGCGGAAUGAAUUUUAGGAGAUGUAAAACAAAGGUUCACUAAGAUUGCACUUUGAAAUGAGCAUUAAAUGCAAACGCAAAAUAAAAUUCCCUAGUGUUUUUUUCAAACUGCAGAAUUUCACUUUCAUGUUAUUAAAUUAAAAUACUUGAACGUAAGCGUCAAACGGUAUUAGAAAAUUAAUAAAUGAGGAUCAAAGUACAACAAAAGAACAAUUGGCUAGCUUGCCAAGCACACGUCCGCGAACUUAUAUACUAUAAAAUUCAAACUAAAUUAGAAAUGCAUAAACAAUCAUAUUAGCUCAAACAAAACUUAGAAUCUUUUGUUGGUCUUUACAGGGUGCAGCUGGAUCCAACCGUGUUAGAUGAGUAAUGUCAUAUUCAGUGUUGCCACGAGAGGGCAGAGCAUCCGUCCAAAUGAAUAAAACUAAAUGCACUUUAAAAACAAAUCAUUGCAACGCCACUCUAAUGAACGAAUCCUCGACGCAGCAAAAUUUGAUUCAAGUUUUUUCUUUGUGAAUUAUUCGAGUUUAAUCAUUGCAGCACUAAUUUAGAUAUUUAUUAGAGGUUAUGCCAUUUUAGGCUCAUUGCGUUUAUAGGCAAGUAAAUUGGUUUCUAAAUGAGUUUCGAGAGGGCAAACUUGGAUCAAAUGGGUUAGUUGAGUUGCAAAUACAGAGCACGCAGUUUGACAUAUUUUUUCCAGCCGUAAUUGGAUUUCAACACGUCUUGGAGAACAACCGAGCUGGAAGCUAUCAAAGCCCGGGUGAGAGAGAUGGAGGAAGAGGCAGAGAAACUGAAGGAACUGCAGAAUGAAGUGGAGAAACAAAUGAAUCUAAGCCCCCCGCCAGUCGGCCCAGUCAUCAUGUCGUUUGAAGAAAAAAUGGAGGCAGAUGGCAGAUCUAUAUAUGUUGGAAAUGUGGAUUAUGGCGCGACUGCGGAGGAACUUGAGGCGCACUUCCAUGGCUGUGGUUCUGUAAAUAGAGUCACCAUUCUCUGUGACAAAUACACAGGGCAUCCCAAAGGGUUUGCUUAUAUUGAGUUUGCAGAUAAAGAGUCUGUAAGGACGGCAAUGGCUUUGGAUGAGUCCCUUUUUAGAGGAAGACAGAUAAAGGUUGGAGCCAAGAGAACAAACAGACCUGGCAUCAGCACCACAGAUCGCGGCUUUUCCCGGGCCCGAUUCCGAUCACGGGGGGGAAACUUCUCAUCGCGCGCUCGCUACUACAGCGGCUAUACACCAACCAGAGGUAGAGGACGGGCCUUCAGGUUUCAGGACCAGUGGAGGCUGACGACCCCUCCCCAGGUGGCGCCGCCGCCCCCCACUGUCUCUGCAGCAUCUCUUUCUCUCUCUGCUCCCGCUAUGCACACUCACCCCAUUCUAUCCGUGUGGGGGGGAGGGGGCCAGGGUGACCACAGGCCGGCCACGGGGGGAAUUUACUAUAACAGCAAACGCUGAUGAUGCUUUUAGUCCUUUUUUUUUUUUUUCCUUUCACAACUUCAAAACUUACAUUCACACAUUUAAUUCGCACGACAGCACAUUCGCAGUACAGAUGCCACUAAACAUGCCGCCAGCCCUACACGUGAUUUUUUUUUUUUUUUUACACAUCGCCAACCUAGUUGAGAGGCAGGCAGUUUUUUUUUUUU